GUGACGCUGGUUCUCGUCGAGCAGCUGUCAACUAGCGAUGCACAUAUCUUCCAUUCCAUCUCCUCGACCCCGAGCCUCCGGUCCCACAUCAGCGGAGGACACCGAUGUGAUACCUGGACCGGACCAAGUCUGGGUCUGGGCGGGAAAGCUCUUCGAUCCGCGCACAGGCAUCCUCCAACCGCGGCGCAUCGUCGUCGUCAACAAGUCCUCGGGCCUCGUCCAGGAGAUCAAAGGCUACAAGUCCGACCUCGCAGCGGAGGCCCUCAUGAGCGCGCACGCCGAGGCUGGCGGCGAGAACAUCGACUGCAUGAAGCAGACCGUAUUGCCGGGGCUUGUGGACGCACAUGUGCAUCUCUUCUUGCAUCCGUACUCGGAGGUGUCAUGGGACGACCAAGUAACGAAAUGGAGUCUCGCCGAGCGGACGAUUCGCGCGACAGUCAAUGCUCGCAAGACGCUGAUGGCGGGGUAUACGACUGUUCGUGACCUCGGCACAGAAGGCGCCGGUGACGCUGACAUUGCCCUGCGCAAUGCCCUCUCAGGGCCUGACGCGCUUAUCCCUGGCCCACGAUACUUUUGCGCGAACCGCGCUAUUGUCCCCACCGGUGCUUAUGGGCCAAAAAGCUCGCUUUAUGUGAACCAGAAUGGUGUGGAUGGGGUAACAGGCGCAGAGGUGGCAGACGGGGUCGAUGAAUGCGUCAAGGCUGUUAGACGGCAGAUCGGUGCUGGUGCUGAUUGGAUCAAGAUCUACGCAGAAUACUCCUUCCGCUCGCGUCAUGCUACUGUCUCCUCAGCCUCUCGGGCGCCCCUCGCAACAUUCAACGACACCGAGCUCAAAGCCAUAAUUGACACCGCCCACGCUCUCGGCGUCAAAGUCGCCGCACACGCCGUCUCCGCACGCGUCGUAAGCACCCUCGUCAGACUAGGCAUCGACACGAUCGAGCACGGGUGGGAUGUCGCCUCCUCAUUCUCAGGGCCAGACAAUGUCCCGCCGAUCCUGUCGCCAGAAGAACGAGAGGCAGUCCGUCUCCUCUCGGACCCCUCAUCGCACACGCGCUGGGUGCCCACGCUCGCGGUGUACGAAGCGCUUUCCUCCCCGUCGGCGCCUCCCAGAGGUAGAAAGGCGGAUGAUUCGUGGGCGAAGGGACAGCGUACGUUUCGCAAUGCGCUCGCUGCCGGGGUGCCGCCGAACAAGAUCGCAGCGGGUGGGGAUACAGGCGCGUUCGCGCACGGGGCGAACGCACGCGAGAUUGUGCUGCUUCACCGUCUCGGUUUGUCGUGGGCGGAGGCCCUGCGCGCUGCGACGCUCGGCGCGUGGGAGGCCGUGCGGUCGAUGCGCUGGGAAGGAGCUGCGGGACGCGAGCGGCUUGCCCGCGUAGGGGAGAUGGAGGAGAGUGAACAAGAUGCCGGGGCGAACGAGGUCCCGUUUGGGGUGCUGGAGAGGGGGUGGCUGGCUGAUCUGGUGGCGACGGAGGGCGAUGUGGUGGGUGAUCUUGAGGGGGCACUGAGGCCUGAGAACGUUGGGUUUGUGAUGAAGGGCGGCAGGGUGUAUAAGAGGGAUGGACGGGAGGUGGUUUGAUGCGUUGCAAAUUCGAGUGUAGUGGUAUACUGGAGACCGGGACAACGAAGACGGUGGGGGCGCGUUAUUACAACA